AUGUUGUCCCCUUGGACUCUUAUUGCCAUUAUUGUUAGUCUAUACUACUUGAAAACAUAUCAAGAAAUUGUUUUUCCAGUUGUCAACGCCUACGCCGGGGACAUUUUCCGUCGAAAGGCAUACCGUGAGUAUAAGACGAACGCCAAACGAUUGAUUGCCAAGGGUCUUGCCAAGUACAAUGGACCAAUCUCUCUGCUGGUGCCUCCAUGGGUUGUGGCCGCAUUGCAGCAUCACUGGGGUGACAGUGAUUCCUGGCAUCAGAUCAGUUGGGAGAGGGACACCACUGGAAUCAUUUCAUGGGCAGCAGCCUCAGUGUUUGUUGGACCCGGGAAAGCCAGCGACCCAGAAUGGCAGAUGCUUUCUCAGGCGUAUGUUCGCGAACUUUUCAGCGCAGUGAGCGAGCUCCAUACGUGGCGACCAUCUCUACGGUCCGUCGUGCAAUGGUUCUUGCCCCAUACCUCCGCAUGUCAGGCUCUCGCCAGAAAGGCUCGGGUGAUGAUUGAUGAAGUGGUAGAAAGAAGGGCCGAGGAAAGUCAUUUGGCACAACGUCAAGGACGCAAAGCACGACGCUACAACGAUGUUCUUUCCUGGACUUCUCACAUGCCCAGCAACAAGCUCCAUCUUGGUGACAUCCAACUCGCUCUGGCAGUGGCAGCACUCUUUACCACGAGCGAAGCGUUGAGACAGACACUGACUGACCUUGCCGAACACCCCGAGCUUGUCGCGCCCUUGCGACGAGAGAUCGAAGAGUUGAUUUCACGUCAUGGGUUGUGUCAGGCUGCCUUACAGAAAAUGGACAUGCUGGACAGCUUGAUGAAGGAGUCUCAACGCCAGACCCCUGGCCUAGCGAUCCGCGACACCACGCUUCCGGAUGAGACGUUGAUACCUAGAGGGUCUCAUAUCAUGGUUGACUCGAGCGAUAUGUGGAACCCAGAGGUUCACGAUUAUCCGGAUGUGUACGAUGGGUAUCGAUUUGUGAAGCAGCGUCAUGCGGGAGACAAAGCGAGUCAAUUUGUGCAAGCAAGUCGAGAGCACAACACCUUUGGGGGUGGUCGGCACAUUUGCCGCGGCCGCUUCUUCGCUAAUGCUGAGCUGAAGAUAUGCUUAGCCCACAUCCUUCUGGAUUACGUUGUUCGCUUAAAGGAGGGUUACUGUUCCAAGCCCAUGUCAUCUGGGGUUUAUGACGGCGUCGAUUCCGCUGCGGAGCUCGAGGUUCGCCGGAGAAGUGGCUCAGAAUGCUGUCCAUUCUAUGCAUUUCUGCAUUGUUCGCCUACUGAAACGCCUUUCGGUACUUUCAGGAGCAUUGAAAUUGAAAUGGUCUUUAGUUGA